ACAGUUGAAGGGAUUGGAAAUGUUAAAAAAUUGCAUCCUGUUCAAGAACGCUUGGCUCGUGGCCAUGGAACUCAAUGUGGAUUUUGCUCUCCAGGUUUCGUUAUGUCUGCAUAUACACUUUUGAGAAACAAUCCUAAUCCAUCUACUCGUGAAAUAAAUCAAGCAAUCAAAGGUGGGAAGAUUGACUUAAUCAUACCGGCGUCAUUUACUUUGCGCCCUUUCGAUUCUGUGAAAUGCCCGUGCAAGGAGCAAAGUAGUGGACCGGAUAAGGAGAAGCUGCUCACGUUUGAUGACUUUCCAAAAUUUGACGAAUCUCAAGAGAUUGUUUUUCCUCCACUGUUUAUUAUGGAAUCUGAAGAUUCUGACGGCGACAUAUUUCUGGAAGGACGUCGAGUAACGUUGCAUGCUCCAUCGGAACUUCAAGUAUUCGAAGAACAUUUACGAUCAAACAAAGAGGCUAAAAUAAUCUCAUCUGGACUGAUCACUAGACUGAUCACGUCCCAUUCUUCCGAUGACACUAAGAUUGUAUGGACAAGCACUCAUCGUUUGAAAACCCUCAGUGAAGUAUUGGUGUUCGACAAGGAGAUGUCAUUAGGAGCUAACUUGACCAUCACCGAAUUUGUGGAUGCAGUUGAUAAGUACUGCGAUCCGAUGAUCGCUAAACCCAUCAGAAAGCUCUUUGACAAGUACUCGUCAUUGCAAGUAGCGAAUGUCGCUAGUUGGGUUGGCGGAUUUGUCAGUGGUUCUUCAGAUGUCUCUGCAUUACUCUUAGCGCUUAAUCCUAGCAUGACAAUUCGGGAUACAGCAGGUGUUCACGAGUUCAGACGAGUUUCAGAUCUGAUUGAUGGGAAUGGAAAGGUCAAGCUGGAAAAUUCUCAAUUUAUCAUCUCUAUGUCAUUUCCACGAACAGAGGAUGCUUUGCGACUAUUCACCUUUAAACAAGGAGCACGUCUUGGUCCAGAUUCCACAAUAGUGAAUUGCGUUGCCGCUCUACAUGUAAAGGAAAACAUAGAAACAGCCCGUAUUGCAGUUUCAUUUGGAUCAAGAGCGAUUUUAUGUGAGAAACUCUGGAAAGAGUUAUGCGGAAAGUGAGC